AUAUAAAUUGUUGAAAUUAUGGAGGCAUAUUUCCCCAUUCUGAUUCGGCGAUGGCGUUUCUCGGCCACCCGCGCCCACUCAUCUCACUCCCUUCUUUCCACUCUCCUAAAGCCACCCACGCUAUUCUAAUUUCUCGCUUCUCCACUCGAUCCAAUUCUGUAGAAGCAGUUGAGUUGAAGACUUCAAGGAAAGAGUAUUCGCCUGGCGUGAUUGAUGAUGUCUUUUUGAACGUUUUUCGCACUAAAAUGGCUCAGGAGAUUGGUUGGGACUCUGAGAAACCUGGAUAUGAUGGAUUGAUUGAUGUUGCUCAUCGGAUAAUGGUUGGGCGAUCCAACUCUGAAGCCACAGAUGCUGCGGUGCGGAUAUUAAGAGCGUUGUUCCCUUCAUGGCUGUUAGAGCUCUACAAAAAGCUUGUUUCGCCAAUUGCUGGGGGAAAAGUCGCCUCUGUGAUGGUUGCAAGAGUGACCGCGAUUUCGUGUCAAUGGCUCAUGGGAACGUGUACUGUCAACUCUGUCGAGAUGCCAGAUGGAUCUUCAUGGCCUAGUGGGGUCUUCGUCGAGAAAUGCAAGUAUUUAGAGGAGAGCAAGUGCGUAGGUGUGUGUAUUAAUACUUGUAAACUCCCUACACAGACCUUCUUCAAGGAUUGUAUGGGAGUUCCUUUAGUGAUGGAGCCCAGCUUCAGCGACUAUAGCUGUCAGUUCAAAUUUGGGAUUAACCCUCCUCCACCGGAAGAUGAUACUGCACUCAAAGAGCCAUGCCUUCAAACAUGCCCUAAAGCUAUUCGACGGAUGGAGCUUAACAGUGCCAGUGCCAGUGCCACCGUUGUUUCAAAGUGUCCGAAGGCUUAGUAGCCACAGACAUGCUCAUAGUGCAUAUGAUGCAAACUGAAACACAUGUAUACAAUUCAACAUAUAUUUUUCCAAUAUCAAAUGAAAUUCAUCAAA